UUACUAAAAUUGUCCAUAGACAAUACACAAUUUAAUUGAGAAUAUUGUCUGAAUACAAUCUGGAAGUGUGAAAAACUAAGUUGCUAUUGAUAUUAAUAAAAAAUGCCUCCAAAAAAGGUUGAAGGGCCUGAAAAAAAACCUCUUAUUGGAAGAGUGGGAACUAACUUAAAAGUGGGAAUAGUAGGUGUUCCCAAUGUUGGAAAAUCUACAUUCUUCAAUGUUCUUACCAAGAGUCAAGCAGCAGCUGAAAACUUUCCUUUCUGCACCAUCGACCCUAAUGAGAGUAGGGUACCUGUACCUGAUGAAAGGUAUGACUACCUAUGCGAAUAUCAUAAACCAGCAAGCAAAGUGCCAGCUUUCUUGAACGUAGUGGACAUAGCCGGUCUCGUGCGCGGCGCUGCUGAAGGCCAAGGAUUGGGAAACGCCUUUCUGUCCCACAUCAAAGCUUGUGAUGCUAUUUUUAACUUGUGUCGUGCAUUCGAUGAUGAAGACGUCAUCCAUGUUGACGGUGACGUAAAUCCGGUAAGAGACUUGGAGACAAUAGCGGAAGAGCUACGCUUGAAGGACGAGGAGCAACUUCUGCAGCAUAUCGAGAAACUGGACCGAGUGGUCAACAGGGGCGGCGAAAAGAAACUUAAACCUGAAUACGAUUCCCUGGCUAAAGUCAAGACCAUUCUAGUUGAUGAGAAGAAACACAUUAGAUUCGGCGAUUGGAGCGCAGCUGAUAUUGAAGUUUUAAAUAAAUACCUGUUCCUGACUUCGAAACCCGCUCUAUACCUCGUUAAUUUAUCUGAAAAGGACUAUAUUAGAAAAAAGAACAAAUGGUUACCAAAGCUCAAAGAGUGGAUCGACAAAAACGACCCCGGCUCUCCUCUGAUUCCAUUCUCUGGAGUGUUGGAAUCUAAAUUGCUGGACAUGGAUCCGACUGAACGUGUCUCUUACUUGAAGGAACACGGCAUAACGAGUGCAUUGGACAAGAUCAUUGUUCAAGGAUAUAAGGCUCUGCAAUUGGAGUAUUUCUUCACAGCUGGAGCAGAUGAAGUCAAAGCCUGGACAAUUCAGAAAGGUACAAAGGCUCCUCAAGCCGCAGGACGUAUCCACACCGACUUCGAGAAGGGUUUCAUCAUGGCCGAAGUCAUGCAUUUCAAGGACUUCAAGGAAGAGGGUACCGAAGCUGCGUGUAAAGCCGCCGGAAAAUACAGGCAACAAGGUCGUAAUUACGUCGUCGAGGAUGGCGACAUCAUCUUCUUCAAGUUCAACGCGGGCGCCGGAUUGAAGGACGCCAAAAAGAAAUGACGCGACAAGGUUCUCCUGCUUCUAGUGCACAUGCUGUACUUCAAUCUCGUCAUUUACACUCUACUACACGUCGCUUAAGCUUAACGAUUCAACAAUAACAACAUCUAUUUAUAAUAAACAUUUCUCUUAAGUAAAUGAAAUAAAGCUUUAUUGAUGUUUGUA